AUGAUGAUAUUAUCCAUUAUCUAUUUCUAUAUUUGUUUAUACAUUCCGUUGGUUAACAGUCAAAAUUCAAGUGUAUCAGUUAAUCGGCCGAAAUUCAGUCCAUGUGCAACUUGGAAUGCAAAUGCUACUACAUUUGCAAAUAGUACUACAGUUGGUACAAAUCCUGGUGUUGUUUUUGUUGAUAGAAAUAACACUAUCUAUGUAACAGAUCGAACUUCUUAUCGUGUUCAAGUAUGGCAAAAUGGACAAAAUAAUGUAACAAGAACAGUAUCUGGUGGUCUCAAUGAUCCAAUAGGUUUAUUUGUAUUAAAUAAUGGUGAUAUUUAUGUUGAAAAUGGUAAUGUAUAUAAUCAAAUUAAUAAAUGGAUAAUAAAUUCAACAAAAAGUACUGUUGUAACAUAUUUGAGUGGUGGACAUUGUUAUGGUUUGUUUAUUGAUAUUAAUCAAACUUUAUAUUGUUCUCUUAAGAUUAAUCAAGUUCUUAAAAUAUCUCUCAAUAGUACUGGAAAUAUGACACAAUUAGCUGCUGGAAAUAGUACUCCUGGAAAUACAACAUAUUUGUUAAAUUGGCCUCGUGGAAUAUUUGUUGAUAUUAAUUUGGAUUUAUAUGUAGCUGAUGGUGGUAAUAAUAGAAUACAAAAGUUUUCUUAUGGACAAUUGAAUGGAACAACAAUAGCAGGAAGUGGAACCAUAGGAACCUUUAACUUAAAUGGACCAUCAGAUGUUGUUUUAGAUGCUGAUGGAUAUUUAUUUAUUGUUGAUCAAAAUACGAAUCGUGUUAUUGGUUCAGGUCCUUAUGGUUAUAGAUGUUUAGUUGGAUGUUCUCAACAAACAGGUUCAACAUCUUCUGAAUUAAAUCAACCUUAUAGCAUGAGUUUUGAUAGUCAAGGAAAUAUUUAUGUUACAGAUAAAAAUAAUGCACGAGUACAAAUGUUCAAUUUAGCAACAAAUCCAAAUUCGUGUAAUAUUCUCUCGACACAAACUCCAUUGCUGACUAGUAAUAAUCCAUCAUCAUCAUUCUCAACUUUGACUAGUUCGAAAUCGUCAUCAGCACCUUCAAUUACAAGUAGUUUAACAAUAUCGUCUACGCAACUUUCUUCAACAACAACAACAAGUCCAAGUAUUUCUUAA